AUGCGGACGGGGAAUCACGUGAUAGAGACGCGCGCGAAGCAGCAACACCAGCAGAAGCAGCCCAAUCGCUUGCAGACUAAGGUCGACGAGCCAGGGGGAACAGGCAGGGCAAUAGUCGCUAAGCUAGGGGAAAUUAGUGGCAGGACGGCAGUUGGCGAGCUAGGGGGGAUUAGCAGGACGGCAGUUGGCGAGCUGGAGAUAGUGCGCGAGGAGAAGCGGAGCCUCGAGAAGUGCCUCAAGCUCGUUGUGGAGGAGCGCGACGCGCUGCUAGAGCUCGCAGCGAGGAACGCCGCGGUCGCGGCGAAGAGCGUCGCCGGCGCGAAGAACGAGAAAGAUCGCGCCGUAGAUCGCGCAGCUGUAUUCGGAUCGCCGCCGUCGCCGCCGCGCGACUCAGCGACUGCGAUCAGCAAGCUAGGCGAGUCGCUCGCUACGGCAGACCGAGCCGGCAAAAGCGGGGCGAGCGUGGAGCGAGCGUUACCGCGGCGGAGCCGCGCGCACUCCGCGGAGCGUGUCCAGCGUGCGGGUUCCGGAGAGGGGUCGUUCCGGCGCUCCGCGGAAGGCCGUCCGCAGUCGGCGGAGCGCGGCCCCCGUCGCGCAGAGAUCGCGAAUGGGGAACCGGCGGAGUGGGAGGGCGGCGCAAGCGCGCUGAUAGCGCUCGCUCUAGAGAAGGAGAGAGAGAGCAAGUGGGAGAUGGAAUACCGCAGAGAAUUGCGGAGCGGAGAGGUAAUGGAAGGAGCGGAAGCUUUGCGCCGGGAUCGGGGGGAGGACGACCGGGCAAAGGCGCGGGAAUGGGAGGCGAAGCGGGACUUUCUGCGGGAGGAGCGGAAGAGGCAGCUCGCGCGGGAGAUGGGGAAGGUGGGGACGGUUGUUGCUGGGGAGAAGCGGCGUAUCGAGGAAAAGCGCGCGGUUGAGAUCGGUCGGCGGGAGCAGAGUCCCCUUCAGGCGGAGGCGCGGAGGGAAUGGUCGCAUGGGAAACCGACGGAGAGCGGGGAAAGGCGACGGCUGCUAGAAACAGCCAAAUCUGCGAAACGGGAGAGCGAUCGGGCGGAGAGGAAGGAGAGGGAGCGGGCGAGGGAGAUGGAACGGGCUGAGCAGCGGGAGAGGGAGAAGGAGCGGGCAGAGGAGAGGGGGAAGGAGAUGCGACGGGAGGUGGAGCGGCGGAGGGAGCAGGAGCGAGAGAGAAUGAGGCAACUGGAGCGACAGAAGGAGCUGGAGGAGGAGAGGGAGCAGGAGCAGAAGCGGGAGGCGGAGAAGGAGAGGGAGUGGCGGAAGGAUAAGGCGCAGGCGGAAGUGUGGGAGAAGGAGUGCGAGCGCCUGAGCGAGGAGGUGGAGCGCUUGCACGAUGCCCUCCAGCAGGCGCGGAGCGAGCUGGCGGGAGCGCGCAGGCUCAGCGCGGGCGCGGCGCAGGCGGGGGCGGAAUCCGCGGAAUCGGAACUGGCGAAGGAGCUGGAGCAGACGAAGCUGCGGCUGGCGAAGGUGGAAGCGGAGCGCGGGCAGCUGGCGAGCGCGGUGGAGCGCAUGGUGCUGGAGAUGGCGGACGCGGUGCGGGAGCAGGAGCAGUUCCGCGAGGCGCUGCAGCACACGAGCCUGGAUACGAUGCUGCUAUCGCACGCCCUGGGGUCGGUAAAGACGCUUCAGUCGACCGUGCAUCUCAUGCAACAGCAGCUGCAUCGGGAGGCACUUGAGAAGGCGUCUCUGGCAGAAAAACUGGCAAAGCUUCAGUCGCAACGAAGGCUUGAAGCUGUCCAGCAUCAAGCGUACGCCUCGAGCAUCCACUCCCUGCUAUCGUCACUAAUGCUCCGGUUCAACUUUGACCGUGACCCUCACAUAAGGAGCGCCUUGGAGGAAGCCAACCGCACAGCUCACAACAUGGCUGAUAGCACAACACAGCUGCUGGAGGCAUGCAGCUCUGCAGCUCCAUCAAACCCCCUCAAUGCCACAUCCAACCUUUAUCGGCUUAGCCCACUUGGCCAUGAGAGUAUUCGCUCUCUGGCUGCUGUAGUCCCCUUACCCCUAUCAGAGUCAGCUCCGCCACCAGACCAAGAUGCAUCAGCAUUGCCCAAGAGGUCCCAGAGGAGGUCCCUCAUGUCGGCAGCAUGGAAGCUAUUGACACCAAAUGGAUCAAAAUAA